AUGAGGUUAACGUGUCUGGUGUGACGUCACACUUUAAACCCCUCCUUGAGGAAACGCCCUUAAACCUGCAGUUUUUAAACCCGUCAGACCAGAACAGACUGUUUAACUAUAUCAACUGCAGCCCUAAGUGCAACAGAAGCCGCUGAGAUCAUGUCUGAAUUGUUCGAUAAAGCAGUGGAGGAGGUUAAGGUCCUGAAACAGAGGCCGGAUAAAAAUGAUCUGUCUGAUCUGUAUGGUUUAUACAAACAGGCCACGUUGGGAGACGUCAACACUGAACGGCCAGGUUUUCUGGACAUUAUAGGAAAAGGGAAGUGGGACGCGUGGAAUACAAUGAAAGGAGUUUCUAAAGAUGAGGCCAUGGCUGCUUAUGUCGAUUUGGUGGAGAAGCUGAAGAUAAAAUAUGGAAUUUAACCUGUAACAAAUAAACAAGAAUUUUUUUUUUUUUGUUAUGAAUCGGAACGAAAACGUAGGCUUCGUUUCUGUCCAGACUGUUUUCACUGCUGCACUGAGUCACACGCUCCCGCUUCUAUGUUUGACUGGCGACGUUUAUUUUAAAGGUGACAGGAAACACUGUAGGCAUGGUUGACGGUGACGUCACUGAGAAAAUAAAGAUGCGAUUUCUCUGGAGAAGUUGUUACGGAAGCAGGAACUGUGAGAGUAAUUUAUACAGAACAAGUCGUAGGGCCGAUGUUAAGAAAAACGCUUUAUUACAUGACUAUAUAAAUAAAAAAAACACCGCAUCUGUU